UCUCCAGGUCGAGACAUGGCCAACACAACCCUACCGGGUUAUCCCCCUCACGUACCCCCCACUGGCCAAGGCAGCUACCCCACCUCAACACUGGCCGGAAUGGUUCCUGGGAGUGAGUUUACAGGAAACCCUUACAGUCAUCCACAGUACACGACCUACAACGAGGCAUGGCGGUUCAGCAACCCAGCAUUACUAAUGCCACAUCCAGAGGUUCCGGACCACCUACUGCUGCCACGGCAUAUGACCGCCACUAGUUACCAUGGAAACCAAAUCAACCACCACCACCUACACCAUGACUACAACCAUGGCUUCGGCAGCGUCCAUGUUGCCCCGGUGUGAACAGAGGGCAUGAGGGGAUACCGUUAAAGACAGCUAACAGGCAGCUCCAUUUCCUGUAAAUCCCACUACUACACACAACAGAAGAAGAACGGUCCUCCUGGAUACCACACUACUACACACAACAGAAGAAGAACGGUCCUCCUG